CCGACGUCCCCCUACUUAACCUCCAGGGCUUCACUCUCCCCCACCACUCCACCCUGCUCAUGGCAGCGAGACGCCCGUGCCGAGCAGCAUCUUCAAACACGGCCUGCCCUUGUUGCCUCCUUCGUCUCCCCGCACUCAGCACCUGUCUCAACUCAGCCUCGUGCCAACGCCCCGCUUGAAGCUUGCAGUCCGGCGCACCGCAUCAAUGGCCAUCACCGAAUCCCAUCCGCGCAUCAAAGUCGAGAUCAUCUGCAAUGGGACGGCGCUUAAAGAAUACGACGAUGACGAAAACGACGACUCAAGAGACACUGUGACCAGGUACAUCGAAGCAAAGUCUGGAGAGGAAUUUGAGGUCCGCCAUACCCUCACAAAGCCUUAUCCCGACACGGCCGUUCUGUUUGUGAUUUUGCUAGAUGGAAAAUGGACGCGCGGCUCUUUCAUGAGACCGAGUAGCUUCCAUGGUCAGACGACCGACAUGACAGUUAAAGGCGCCAACACCGUAAUCGAUGAAGAGUGGUUCUUGAAGAAGUUCUGCUUCUCCGAGUUAACAAUUGACGAUUCCGACCUCGGUUUAGCGGGAGACGAACUCAUGAAGACUUUAAAAGAAAUGGGGGAGAUCAAGGUUGAGGCCUAUGCGGUCAAAAACUUACGUGACAGUCACCAUGGACCGCGUCAAGCGACGAUGACUGACCUGGGGACCAUUCCGGAGAAAGCGCUUAAAGGCAGAGGGACAACGCAUUCAACAAGCCUGCGAGCGCCAACUCCCGUCUCCAAGGGCACAGUCUUACAUUAUGAAUACGUCGACCCAGACAAGAAGCCGUUCGCAAUUUACAAAUUCAAACAUCGUUCGAGGGACGCACUGAAGUCCCUCAUGGUAAUCCCGCGGAGCCUCAGCCCGGUCCCCUUGGAGGAGCGUGACAUCAACACGCUCAAUCCCGAGGAGAUGAGAGAGCUUCUCAAGCGUCAGAAGGAGCAAGAAGCCGCGCGCAAGGUGAAGCUAGAGGUCAAGCGGGAACGCCCCCGAGGGCACAACGUGCCAGCUAACGGCGACGAUGACGAUGACGAGGUCUCCUUCGUCUCCGCUAAGCGCCGAAAGCUCACAGUCAUAAUCGACGAGGACGGCAUGGAAACCAUAGAUCUAACCUAAGGCGUUACGAAUUGGAAACCACGACAUUUCAGGCAGCUCUCGGCGGAUAGGAUAGACAACACACUGCGCUGCAUUUUUCUAGUUACGACUCCAUGAGGCUACUGUGGUUGGCUGAUAUCAGGCUUCGACUUGCUUGCUUGGUUCCACAUCUUCGCUUUAUGGACACAUAAGGGGGAUACUUGUUGGUUCAGUGCAGAUGCGGCGAUUGGCAAAGGUUUGCGGAAUGAUGCUCACGACACAAAUGGCUUGGCGAUAUAGGCACUGUUCGUUCCGGGACCAUCUCUGGGGAUAAUUCAAUGCUCUGGGCCGCUCUGGGUAUUGGUGGUGCUCUGGACUCAUUGGUUUGUUAGCUUGCCAUAUUUGAUUAAGUAAUGCUUCUCCUACUGUCUUGUCCACGGGGUUGUCCUUAAGCCGCUCCUUUCCAGCCUGCAAUCGGCAAC